ACCUCCAAGUGUUGUUCUAAAUGUGAUGGUGUGCCAAGAAAGAAAUGUUGUUAUAGCGAUCCAAUGAAAGUGUGUUUUUUUUGUAACAGCAACUUUGUAACAGUUAAUUUGAAUGUGUACAUAUCUGCAAUGAAUAGGUACCGGUAAUUAUUUUUUAAUUAUAUCGAUUAAUUAAAAUUAAUGUUUACAAGACUUUCGUCUACUACAUACAAUACAGUCUCAGUCUAGUCUAAGUCUAAACUAAGCUUAAGUUAAGAUUAAGUGUGUACGACCAACUAUUUCUAAUCACUACACUGUGUGUGUAGGCUGUAGGGAAGUACACUACGUCCCUGCCUAGUUCCUUGACGAUCCAGAUUCUCCUGCGCCGGCUUGAAGGGAAUUCUACCCAACAAUGUAAUUACUUGUAAAUUAAUAAUUCUAUUAUUAAAAAAAAAAUAAUUGAAAAACGAAUGACAUAUACAAUAUAGGCAUAGGCGAAGUUGGACUUUACUUUGUUGGGUUCCCGCGGUCUGGACUCCCUGCGGGUGUAAAAAUAUUGAAGUUCAAGUUUUAUGAUAAAGCACAAGAGAAUAUUGUUGUCUUAAAGGAUGUCUAAGGUAAAUUGUACCCCUCAUGUCACCUCCCCUGGACAAAUAAUAAAUAAGUUUUAAUUUUUUUUUCAAUUUGUCCAAUCCUAUACUAUGAAUAAGAAUAGUAUGAAUUUUGAUUAAAAUGUUCCACCAGUAUCUGUGAAAGCUAAUGUAUAAGUGUGUAGGCCUAAUUUGUAUCAAAUUUCUUCCCUCAAGACUUGAAUAAAUAAAUAGUGUGCAUAGGUCAUAACAAUAACUUCAUUGUUUUUUCUAUGUGCCUAUGUGCUUUCAGAAAUGAGCAAAAAUAAAUCCAUAUUUUUCAAAAGUAUUUCUUUUGUAGGGUUGUUGUUUUUUUUGUCCCUUAUUUUUCAAUCAACUCUACCUUGAAUCAACAGGAAUAUUAAUGUUUGCCCAUUUGCUCUUUACACUUCCAGCAUCCUCUUGGCUGUUCAGUCCAAAAAUACCAAAGCCUUGACCACUUUGUUGAAUGGACACACCUCUGUACCUGACCUAGAGAAAGCUUUGAUCUAUUCAAGUCGAGAGGGUUACACAGACUGUGUCAAAUGUAUAUUAAAAAGUCAGUAUGGUAUUCAUUGAAAGUCUAAAUCAAGGGAUUUUAAUUAUUAUUUUCAUUUUUUUUUUCCCUUUUUCUUUUCUUAAUUUUUUUUAGAUAUUCUUUUAUCCAGUAUGAAAUAUUUCUACAUGAUUGUAUGUCAUGAUAAUAUAUAAUUACAUGAAUUAAGGGCACAUUCAAAAUUUCUUGUGAACUCCAGGGUGCAAAAAUGAUUUACUUAUUUAAAAGUGGAAAUAAAUUAGUGUUGGAGUAAUACAAAUAUACGGUUUUUUAGGACAUUUAACAAAACUUUGGACAAAAAAUUUUAAUUUUAGGAAAUUUAUUUUCAAUGAAGCUUUUGACAUAUCAAUUAAAUUUAAAACAAUAAAGCAUGUAUACCCAUUUAUUUAAAAAUUAAAGAAAAAAAAUUGCAAAUUUGACACACACAAAAAAAGAAGACUAGGGCAGUAAUUUUAAUUUUUUCUGUUCAAUAGUGUUUGUCCUUGUAUUCUCCCUUGUUAACUAUUCCUUGUUCAAGUUGAAUUUGCUGCAUACACAUAAUGUCAACUUUCCCCAAGUACCUUUUUUUAAGACCCAGACAAAUCUCAUCACCAGCUGGCACAAGCCCCAAUAUCAGAGAUGCCAGUGACAACACGCCUUUGUACCUGGCUGUCCUAGGAGGUCACCAUGACAUUGUCAAGGAUUUGUGUGAAUGUGGCGCCACACUAGACUCCAUAGGUAGCAGCAACAGCACAGCAUUACAUGCGGCUGCCAAAUGGGGGAAAGACGAAUGUGUGGACGUGAGUGAACUAUAAUACAUUUUUAUUUCUUUCAGGCUCGCUUCCUGAUCUUCAUCAUACUUCAUGAAUAACUUUUAAAAACAAAACCAAAAAUAACAAAUGAUUCUACAAAACUAUGAAUGGAAAUUUAUUUUAGGAUAAUUUUAUUUCUAAAAAAGACGAAUAGUAGGAAAAAAAACUAAACAUUAUAUUGGCGUAUAACACGCACACAUCAUUUGCCCCCUAUUUUCAGGGAGAAAAAGUGCGUGUUAUACGCCAAUAAAUACUGUAAUUUAUAUUAUAAUAAUUUUAAUUUUAAAAAUUAUGAAUGGAAAUUUAUAUUAGGAUAAUUUUAUUUCUAAAAAAGACCAAUAGUAAUUUAUAUUAUGAUAACUUUAUUUCUUAUAAAUACAGAUGGAAAUUUAUAUUACAACCAUUUUAGUGCUAAAAAUAUAAAUAGACAUUUUUAUUAUAGCAAUUUAUUUGAUACUACAUUUGGUUGAAUUGAAGUGAAGUGUAUCAUUUUUUAAAAAUUUCAUGACAAUAAAUAAGUUAGCGAUAUUAAAAUAUUACUUUGUCAAAACAUUUUUUUAAAAAGCCAACUCCACACUUCGUUUCAUUUGAAGAAAUCUGCGCCACUGCCCAACAUCCUGCAAACUAAAUGCCUAUCUCACACUUGUCCGUCCGCUACUAGAAUAUGGUGCGAUAAUAUGGGACCCUUACCUAAAGCAAGAUGUGGACAAGAUCAAGCGAAUACAACAUAACGCAGUGCGCUUCAUCGAAAGUGACUACAAAUCCACCACUCCUGGCUUCGUCACUGACCUCUUAAAUUGAUUUGACAUCCCCUCCCUCAAAAACAGACGAGAAAAGCUCCGUCUAAUAUUUCUCUAUAAAGUGGUCACGGGGCUAGUGCCGGCCAUUCCAGCUAACACGUAUCUAACCCUGCAGAAGCCAGGUCGCUUAGUCAGAGCCAAACGCUCAGUAAACCCUGACUUCACCUCUGACAACUCCAUGAGCAGUUACAUCCAGAACAAUAGUAGAUGCUUCACUGUGCCUCGUUGUAACACAGUUCAAUAUAAACAUUAAUUCUUCCCACGAGCAAUAAUUGUUUGGAACCAACCGGACAAUGCCGCCGUGGACUCAAAAUUAAUUGCGAGUUUCAAGGCUGCCCUGGCACCUGCUAGGAGCCAUUAGAAUAGCCGCAUCAUUUCCCAAACCGUUGCACAAAUGCCAGUACUUGGUUGCAGCAUUGUAGUCUAUCAGAAUCAGAGAAUAAAAGUGCCUUUAUUUUCUUCAAAUACUUCCAUCUGUUAUAUGCCAUCCUUCAAAAGCUAACAAAAUUCUAACACAUAAAAGAAACUGAAACCCACAGUGAAAAUAUUCAACAAGUUCUUUCAACUAAAAAAAAACAUACCAACUCAUAUAAAAUUACUGACUGGUUGUACAACACUGGUACAACACUGGUACAACACUGGUACAACACUGGUACAACAAACACUCAAAAGUUUAAAUGUUAAGUCUUCUAUUCAAUUUUACAGGUCAAGAAAUCUUAAAAACAAAGCUUUACUAUUUGUUGACUGUACAGAUCCUGUUAGCUCAUGGUUGCAGCCUCAACGCCAGCGAUUCCUCUGGAAACACAGCUUUGAUCCUGGCUGUCCGCGGCAAGCAUUACCUGGCCAUCCGCAGCCUGUUGGAUGCAGGCUGUGAUGUGAACCGCACGGACGAUACUGGGAGAACGGCUUUACACUAUGCCAGCCACACGGCCGUGGCUGUUGAACAGCUUAUAAAAGCUGGUACGGUGAGGCUGUCCCAUUUCCUGUCUUCAUUCUUAUUUUGUCUUAGGGACACACUUAAAGUGGUUACUAAAAUUCAAAGACUUAUCUUUUAUAUAUAUAUACACUCAAAUAGCUCAGCUUUUUUAACUAGGAGCAGCGUGCCAGCUAAUUUUUAUUAUGAAUGUAUAUUAUUACACCUAGUCCCAAUCUAUGGCUUGCAACUCCCACUCUUAUGAAUUCUCUCUUCUUCUUUCCACAAUUUUUUUUGCUGCCCUCUAGGAUAUUUACUUUUCAGACAAGGGCUAUUUUUAAAAUUUAAUUCUGUUUUUUUCUAUUUUUUGUUCGCUGGUGAAAGCUUUCUGCCAGUUUUGUGCAACCACUUGAUGUCGAGGGUUUACCAAGGCAGCUAUUCUCCACGUUUUGCGGUCUCUUUCCAAUCAUUCGUGGUUGACCUCAAGCUUUCUGAGCUAUGUGGCUGAACAAACUUAACACUGGAGCUAAACAUCAUUCUUGUCUCUCUUUCGUUAUUUGCCUAGAAAUAUUUUUAAGUUGGGUAAAGAAAGAAACAACUCCUCUAGCCUUCUGUAUUCUUGCCUUUAUAACUGCCUCCGACAACAACCCCCCCCCCACCCUUCUUUACUAAUUAAAUUUCCUCAAUAGGUAAAAUUUUCUACUGCUCCCACUGAUCUCCCUCCUAUUGCUACAUUUCUUUUGCUAUUUGGAUUUACUCCCAUAAAUUUAGGUGGUUUUUUUCAUUUACUGCAUGUCCUAUUCUCUGGAAAUCGAAUCAAGCUUUGCAGUUUUGUCUUGUAUUUGUUUUUGGCUUUGGGACUAUAGGGCGAUGUCAUCUGCAGAACCCAUGUUUUCUAAUGGCUUAAAAAUGGUCCAUUGUAUUCCAUGUCCCCCACAUUAUGUUGUCCUUCUCAUAAUCCAAUCUAUGACUAUACGAAAGUGAAAUAGUGAUAGUAGACAGCCCUGUUGCACCCCUGACCAUUUGCAACACUGACUCUAAUGGUGAUAGUAGACAACCCUGCCCCACCCCUGACUCUUAUGAUUACAGUAGACAGCCCUGACACACUUCUGACUCUAAUGAUGAUGGUAGAGAGCACUGACACACUUCUGACUCUAAUGAUGAUGGUAGAGAGCCCUGACACACUUCUGACUCUAAUGAUGAUGGUAGAGAGCCCUGACACACUUCUGACUCUAAUGAUGAUGGUAGAGAGCCCUGACACACUUCUGACUCUAAUGAUGAUGGUAGAGAGCCCUGACACACUUCUGACUCUAAUGAUGAUGGUAGAGAGCCCUGACACACUUCUGACUCUAAUGAUGAUGGUAGAGAGCCCUGUGUGCAAUAUCAGUGUUGCAAUAGUUUCCACAGGGUUUCUCUCUCAACAAUAUCUAAGGCUUUUAAGAGUUGCUAUUUGAUUGUCUUAUAGUGGCUAUUUGAUUAUCUUAUAGUGGCUAUUUGAUUGUCUUAUAGUGGCUAUUUGAUUGUCUUAUAGUGGCUAUUUGGCUGUCUUAUAGUGGCUAUUUGGUUGUCUUAUAGUGGCUAUUUAAUUGUCUUAUAGUGGCUAUUUGAUUGUCUUAUAGUGGCUAUUUGAUUUUCUUAUAGUGGCUAUUUGAUUGUCUUAUAGUGGCUUUGCAUUUUUAAAAAAAAUGCUUUCCAGUAUUACUUUAUUACAGAGUUGUUACUCUGUUACAGACAUUGUCUGAGAUUAUGCCUGGAUUUAUUUUCAAUCCUGGACAAGAAUUUAUUUAAAAUCACUACAAGUUCAGUCACAUUCAUAAACUAAAUAGCACAUCACAUCCAAUCAACACAAACUCUUUUUCCAAGUCUUACCAAUCAAAUGACCCUGACCUCCAGGUGCCGAUGUCAACAUUCAAGACAAAGAUGGAUGUACUCCGCUCAUGAUGGCAGCCACCGAAGGCCUAGAUCGGGUUAUACACGCUCUGUGCCAGGUGAAAGGAGUGGACGCAAACAAGGCAAACCAUGGGGCUGGAAAAACUCCCUUGCAUAUUUUGGCCUACAAGGGUCACCGGAGGUAAUAGUUUUGAUGGUAUUGAUAUGCAUGUCGUGUUAGAGCAACAACUUUUGAUGGGUACACAUGUUAGAUCAGAUUACCCUGAGUGGUUACACAUAUGCAAUCACAUUUAGUUUCUUAUUAAACAAGCUAUUUGAAGAAAAUAUUCAUGGCAGCUCUGAAGCAUGAAUAAAUAAAUUACUGUUAGAAACACACGCUCACCCAAAUAGUCCCUGGCGUACAGCUGCAUAGAUGGCUCAGCACCGGAAUAUCUCAAAGAAUUGAUUUAUUAACAUGUAUCUUUGAAGAGCCUGCGGUCUUCAACACAGUCCUUGCUGAGUGUUCACAGUGUGAAUGAACAUAGGAAAAAGUCUUAUGGGGUGCGCUCCUUUGAAGCGAUGGCGCCAAAAUUAUGGAACAGUUUGCCUCAAUCUUUGAGGGGAAUAGAAAAUGAUAAAAAAUCAUUUAAGAAACAUUUUAAAACUUUUUGUUUAAAUAGAUUUCAGAAAACCAGAUCGAAUUGAGCAUGCUAAAGUGGCAUGAAUACCAGCGCGAUAUAAAUAUCAAAUCAAUCAAUUACUCACAUGAGACUGUAGUGUCUGGUGAUGUCACAGUUAGUAAAAAUCUGUUUGAAUUUAUCUGGGUUGAAUUUAUCUGGGUAUCUCAAUGUAGAUAUCUGAAACUGAUUUUUCAAAAUGAUCCUAUAGCAUUUUUUAUGCUUUUAUGUCCCGAACCCGUGAUGCUUAGAAUGUGGAUACAAAUUUAUUUACAUAUCUUAUUUAGGAAACAAAAAGUUAUGAUUUUUAAAAAUCUUAGUAUUUUGAAAGUUUUUUGCUACUCUCAAAACUGCCAUAUUGGGAAGGUUAAGUCCACGCCAUCAAAUGUUACCAUGUUUGUUUUUUGUUCUAGUUGUGUGAGUGAUCUCAUAUCUGUAGGGGCCGAUAUAAAUUUACUCGACUGUGAUAGAAAGAGUCCGUUGUGGUACGCUGUGGCCAAUGCCAGACUCGGUAUUGUGGCCCUGCUCCUUCGGGCCAAUGGCCUGGUGGAUACAUAUCAGGUAUAUCAUAGCUGAAUGUUCUGCAUGACAAUUUUCUACCUCAUUAAAAUUCCACCCCCCCUCCCCCAAUCCCCACCUAAAAUGUACACAUCCUGUUGUAAAGGAUUUGAAUCAAGUUUGUGCAGCUAUGUCCAAAUUUUUGGAUUAUAUUUUCUUGAUUGAUGCAUGUCUCUGUUAAUGUCCAAGUUAGUGCAGUGUAAUUUUCCAUUUACGUGCAUGUCAAUGUAUUUUUUUGUGGUGGAAAUAAAGUUAUUAAUGCUUGGAAAAUGAGUUGUCUCAUUAAUGAUCUACAUAGCAAAUGAUAAUAUUGGCAAACUGUUUGGUAUUACUCAAGCACCCCACACCCCCUUCUUCCAGCUCAGCCCCCUUCCAACAUGUUUUCCCUCUUCUAUUAACAUUAAUUGACAUGAUGAACACACAUUUUUUUUACAUUUUACAUGGGUGUAAUGCCAAACAUCAUCGGUAGCGUUUCGUAUUUUUUGUCAAACUUUCAUUGAAAAGCUGUGUGAAGUUAUCAUGGAAACAGAGGCUAGAGUAUUCUGACUAGGGCAGCUCUGGUCCGUCUUCUGUCUGGGCCCACUGAUGACCAGCACUUGAAUUCUGCCAACCACCUCACAAGUGUAAAAAAAAUAGUAAUAAUGACAGCCAUUUUAUUGGCUAUAUGUUAUUGAUAGAUUUGUUGGUCCAUAUAUUUUUAGGAUAUAAUAUUGGAAUAUAAUAUUGGAAUAUAUUGGAAUAUAAUAUUGGAAUAUAAUAUUGGAAUAUAAUAUUGGAAUAUAAUAUUGGAAUAUAAUAUUGGAAUAUAAUAUUGGAAUAUAAUAUUGGAAUAUAAUAUUGGAAUAUAAUAUUGGAAUAUAAUAUUGGAAUAUAAUAUUGGAAUAUAAUAUUGGAAUAUAAUAUUGGAAUAUAAUAUUGGAAUAUAAUAUUGGAAUAUAAGAUUGGAAUAUAAGAUUGGAAUAUAAGAUUGGAAUAUAAGAUUGGAAUAUAAGAUUGGAAUAUAAGAUUGGAAUAUAAGAUUGGAAUAUAAGAUUGGAAUAUAAUAUUGAGAUAAACAUUGGGAUAUAACAUUAAGAUAUAACAUUGGGAUAUACUAUUUGGAUAUGAGAUUGAAAUAUAACAUUGAAAUAUAACAUUGGGAUGUAACAUUGGGAUAUAACACUGGGAUACACCAUUGGGAUAUACUAUUGACUAUUGGGAUAUCAAACAACAAAGCAAUGAAGACAGGUGAUAAUAAAUAAUGGAAUGUCUGUUUUUCGACCUGAUGACAAUGUCACAAGCAGAGAUUUACUUGCCAUUUACACCCCCACCCCGAACCCCCCCCCCUCCUCCCCCCCCCCCCCCCCCCCCCCCCCCAAAAAAACCGGAAUUCGCCACGAAGUUCGUAGUGUGUGUGUGUGUCCAGUAGAGACAUUCACCGACCAUUGUUGCGCACCGACUUAUUGUGUUUGAUUGUGCGCGGUGUGUCUUAUGCGUUAGUUCGGUUAAAAGCGGCAUUAGAAUUGUGAAGCACUGUCACGUGGUAUUUAUGGAGGUUGUAUGGUAUCUUAGAUUUUAGAUAAAGUGCAGUAACUUGCAACACAACUGUAAGGGCCCAUAGCAUUAAAAAUAUAUCCCCCCCACACUUUUUUCUCCAAAACAUAGAAAUUAAAAUAGUAACAAAAUUGUUACACUUGUAAGUUUCCAUUGGGGGUGGAGGGGGGGGGUGGGAGAGAGAGAGUCUGCACUUGCACCAGCCAUUGAUAUUAUUGUUGUUAAAUAUUAUAAUUAUUUCUAAUAUCAAUCACUCUAAACGAUGGUAAUGUCUACCUGACAGGUCAUCACUCAACAUAACUUUUUAUUUAAUGGUCAUUCAACAGUUUCAUAACAUACCUUAAUAAAGAAACGAAAACUAACUAUGAAAUAAAGUGAGGUACCAUUUCAAACUCACAGCUGUUCACAUGAUUUCUGAAGAAACAAAAAGGAAAAAGUUUUUCUCAUUAUUAGCACUUGGAAAAUUUAAAAAAAAAAAUAAAAAAAUUUAAUCACUGUACAUAUGUGGAAAACAGUAUAAAUAUUAUUAAAUAUCCAUUUGAGGAUUAGAUCAAAUAUGAAUUUAAAUAUGAUAACAUUUAACGUCUCUCUAAGAGCUAGUCCCAAGAUUGCUCCCACAUUAGGGAAGGCCAUCUGGAGUGUUUGCCUGUGUUUCAUUUGAUUAAGAUCUGCGUGGGACUGAUUCAUUUCAUCAUCAGGUUUAUGGUUAUGUUUAAUAGAACAGACAAAUGAAUGUGUAACAUUUCACAUUUGGCAAGGUGGAUUUUGGCUUGGUGUUUAACUUCAUCAACAUCUUCACUUAUUUUGUUUGAAAACUCUUCAUUAUUAUUGUUAUUAUUAUUAUUAUGGCCUCUAAAUCUGAAAUUUUGAAACCCCGUUCAAUGUUUGAGACUCCAGGCUAAUGCCUACUUGGCCUCGUAUAGGAAUAGCCAGCCCCCACCUGUGAACCUUUGAACACCAGUGAAGACCGCUGCUUGAUAGCAAUUUUAAAAAUAGUAAGAAUUCACUUGAAUUGAGAACGGUUUCUCAGAUGUCAAAAACAUUCUAGCGUACCGGGUAGUUAUAUCUAUAUGUCCAUAUAUCUAUCUAAUUUUAUAGAUGUAUAUCUAUAUGUAUUUAUAGCUAUCUAUCUCUCUCUCUCUCUCUGUACACACACACAUAUAUAUAUAUUUAAAUUUACAGAUAUAAAUGUCAUAUAUCUGUCUAACUUUAUUGACAUCUCUAUUUUAUACCUAUUUCAGUGCCCUCCUGGACAACUCCAUGACAGCUGCCCCGUGAAGUUGGCUGUAGAAUUAAAACUAAUUCAGGUCCUCAAAUUGUUCAUCAUCAGUGGCUAUGAUAUCAAUCAUCUUAGGGAGUUUCUAGGUCAUCCAGAGAUACAUGUACUGUUUGCUGAUAACCAGGUCAGUACAUGUCACACAGAAGGUCAGUACAUGUCACACAGAAGGUCAGUACACGUCACACAGAAGGUCAGUAUACGUCACACAGAAGGUCAGUACACGUCACACAGAAGGUCAGUACACAUCACACAAAAGAUCAGUCCACAUCACACAGGUCAGUACACGUCACACAGAAGGUCACUACACGUCACACAGAAGGUCACUACACAUCACACAGAAGGUCACUGCACAUCAAGGAUUAAUAAAGGAUAGAUCUUAAAUCAUAUUUUUAUUUUUUAAUGACUUAUAUUUUAAGUAAAAUAUAAAUAUUAGAGUAUAUGUAGGGACAGUACUGUGGACCUUGUUUGUUUAAAGUGUUUAGAAAGAUCCAUUUCAUUUUUAAGACAGAAGGCUGCAUAAACAAUAGUUUGAGAUUCAUUGAGGAGCUUUAUUAAUUAUUUGGCCUUUAAUCUAUGACAACCUAAAUAAAUACUGGCACAAUUGAAACCUAGUUUAAGUCUAAAACAGUGUUUAAAUAGUUUUUAAAAAAAAAUUAAUAUAAAGCUAUUGAAUUGAUCAUAAUGGUCUUUGUGAUAAUAUUAAGGCUAUAAAAUUCCAAUCAAAUUUGUUUACAGAAUUUAUGGUGUAUUAGUAGGUUAUCUCUCUUUAUUUGCCCAAUGCUGUAGCCAACAGGCUGGUUUGUUGUAUGAAAGGUUUCUGUCUGUAAGAAAUAGAUUCAUUUAAUUCAUGUUACUGACUACUCCCUCUUGUUACUGACUACUCCCUCAUGUUACUGACUACUCCCUCAUGUUACUGACUACUCCCUCUUGUUACUGACUACUCCCUCAUGUUACUGACUACUCCCUCAUGUUACUGACUAUUCCCUCAUGUUACUGACGACUCCCUCAUGUUACUGACUACUCCCUCUUGUUACUGACUACUCCCUCUUGUUACCGACUACUCCCUCUUGUUACUGACUACUCCCUCUUGUUACUGACUACUCCCUCUUGUUACUGACUACUCCCUCUUGUUACUGACUACUCCCUCUUGUUACUGACUACUCCUUCUUGUUACUGACUACUCCCUCUUGUUACUGACUACUCCCUCUUGUUACUGACUACUCCCUCUUGUUACUGACUACUCCCUCUUGUUACUGACUACUCCCUCUUGUUACUGACAACUCCCUCUUGUUACCGACUACUGCUCCUUGUUAUUGACUACUCCCUCUUGUUACUGACUACUCCCUCUUGUUACUGACUACUCCUUCUUGUUAUUGACUACUCCCUCUUGUUAUUGACGACUCCCUCUUGUUACUGACUACUCCCUCUUGUUACUGACUACUCCCUCUUGUUACUGACUACUGCUCCUUGUUAUUGACUACUCCCUCAUGAUACUUGGUAUUCCCUGGACAAAUUUUCAUGACACCCCCCACCCCUUUUUUUUGAGAUAUUUUAGUAAUAUAUUACAGACAUCUUAAUUAUCAAUGUUUGGGUUUCAGAAGAAAAACCACACUUUUAAUUUAACAAUACUAUGUUUCUAUUCAUCUUUUUUCUCUCUCCUUAUCAAAUGAAGGUGAGCCACUGGCUGGACCACGCCCACCAAGUGAUGACGCUACGACAGAUCUGCCGCAGGUGGAUCAGGCACCAUCUGGGCUUUCGUUUGUUCAUGGACAUUUCAAAACUUCCACUCCCUCAGAAGCUGUUGGACUUUAUCUCUAUGAAGGAGCUUGAGGAGACACUGACGACACCCUGAAACAAUCAGAACAGACUACUCUACGGCCUCUUACCCUGCCCACCUGACACUGUUAUAACUUUAGGCACUUUAAAAAUUGAGCUCUUUAUUUAUACAUUGAACAAAAUAUUUCAGAGCUUAACCCAUACAGAACUGACCUACUUUUUGCUUUUAUUGUCUCAGUACCGGCCAUUAAUUGGCUAAUUAUUCCCUGUGGCUCAGACAUUAUUUUGGAAUGAGUCAAAAUUAUAUAGGAUUGUUUAUUUAUUUUGUAACUUUUUUGUUUUAACCAAUUGAUAAUAACAUGUAGAGAAUUAUCUUUUCAGAAAUGGAUAAGGGUGUUAAAAAAAAAACACUUCUAAUCCCAAUUAAAGCUCAAUAAUAUUUUCAGAACAAAAGGUUUCAUCAAGUGGGUGUAAGUCGCCAUCAGCAAUAGCGAUUAGGUAGCACCAUGGAAACAACAAAUACAGAUCCGUUCAAAAAGCUCAGUAAUUGGUCGAUUUUCAUAAUUUAAAAAGCAAAUUAAAAUUUGACUAUUCCCCUAACGAAUAAACAUUCUGCCCAAGACUGGGGUAAAAGUUUAUAGCUUCGUUUCUGUGUUUUUAUUAGAUACCCCUCUAUGUGGCAAAUAGAUGCCCUUGGGCCACAGGGAAAACAAUCGGCUAGUGAAAAAAGAUGCGCUUGGGUCACAGGGAAAAAUUAGGUCACUGCAAAAAGACGCGCCGAGUACUGUAAGGGUUAAAAAAACAAUAACAUUUUUUGAUAAAAAUACAAAAUUGUUUAAAAUUGAAACUAGCAUUUAGCAAACAAUUUAAACAACUCAAAACAAUAGUUGGCCAGUAAUUUUAAAAUAAAGGGUUUGCUUGUACAAAUGCAGAUAGCUUUUGAUGAGAAAAAUAUUUUGACCUAUCACUUGUGCAAAGGUGCAUAUCGGGAUAAAAAAAAAUAUUGAACCCUUCUUUUGUUCUGAGCCUUGCUUUUCUCUGUUUUUUAAAUGUCUGUAAAAUGUUCUGUAAGGAAAUAAUGCCCUCCCUCUCUCUCUCUCUCUCUCCCCCCAGGCCUUACCCCAAUGAUUUCCUCCUAUAAGAUUAACCAAUUUCCCACUAUGUUUUAUCAUUUUAGAAGGUUAUAUUUCUUUUCUUAAAUUUGGUGGGAAAUGAGUAUUUGAUAUUUAUAAAAUAAAUUUGAGUAAGGACUACUGACUAACAAUUUUUCACACACAAAAACGCAAAAGAAAGCAACAGAUAUGACAUUUGAUUUUUUUAAAUGCUUCACAAAUAUUUAGAGUGAGUGACCUAGAUUUUAAGUACCAGUAUAACAAUACCUGUAAAUAGUUUGUAUGUAUUAGAAUACAAAAGUUUUUUUUAAUGCUUUAAAGAAUUUUCCUAACAAAGUAAGGCAACCUCAAGUAAACCCAAUAUGAAAAAAAAAAUAGCCAUAAAACAAUACGUUACCAAAAAAAAAAUAUUUAGGUUUGAUGACAUAGGAACUCACUUUCUAUUUGCAAUAAUUGUAAAAUUCUUAUUUCCUGUAAUGCAGGAUAUUUGUAAUUGUUGAGUUUGCCCAAAGGCCUUUUACUGCACUAAAUUACAUUAACAACAUGGAAGACAGGAAAUUGCUUUUUCAAAAUGUAUAUCUUGCCUGAAAUUUAAAAAAAUAAUGUAAUAAAAAUGCUUUGUUAAAUCUCAGUAUUUACUUCAGUGUGUGCCCACAUUAUAAUUUUUUGACAUUCAAGUAAAAAUUCAAUGAUGGUGAUGUGUCCUUCUUUAAAAUCACUGGAAAAAAGAAAAAUAACAAUUAUAUAUGGAAAAACUCUUUAUUGUCAACACAAUGACACAUGGAACGUUAUUAAAUCUGAUAAUUUAAUUUCAUAAAUAUUUAUUAAAACAA